AUGUUGUUCUGCUGGGGCUGCGGGGAGCUGGGGCAGGAUGGACACGGAGGAACCGCAGUUGUGAAAUCAGAAGACGGUCUGCUGGACGCCUUCACACCGCAGAAACUGGGACGGGUCAAGCUGUUCGCUUGUGGGUCAAGCCACUCUGUAGUUGUAACAGUUGACAACAGGAUCUUUGCCUGGGGUAAUGGUAGCAGUGGACAGCUUGGCAGUGGGGAGAGGUCCAUGAAAACCUAUCCGGUGGAAGCUUUUUUGCCAUCCAAUCGGGACGAUGAUGUCACUGCCAUUGAGGUGGCCGGAGUAGCUUGUGGCAGCCGGCACACGUUCAUCUGGACUCAAUCCGGACAUGCUUACAGCUUCGGUAAUAACUUCUAUGCACAGCUGGGUUACGACUUCAGGAAAGUUGACUUCAAAGAACAUCAGCUGAUGCCACAUUUAUUGAGGACCCUAGUCUUUCACAAAGUAAAGCAAGUGGCCUGCGGGGAACGCCAUACUCUUUUUGCACUAGAGGAUGGGAAGGUGGCUGCCUGUGGAAUAAAUGAUUAUGGUCAGAUUGGCACAGAUGCCCAAGAAGAUGCCACAGUGCCUCGUAUCCUUGAAGACUUUGAUAACGUCUCUAAAAUAGCCUGCGGAGCCAACCACAAUCUAGCUGUGACAGGCGAUGGGAAGGUUUUUAUGUGGGGUUGCGGCCGGGCUUGUGGAAAUCUCAAACGGGACUUACGCCUUCCUGAACAAGUGGAUAUACCUCACUCUCGUGUCAUUGCUGUAUCGGGCGGCUGUUGGCACAGCCUUCUACUGACAGAUGAUGGGAACAUGUACUCCUGGGGGACAGGGCAGGAGGGGCAGCUGGGACAUGGAGAAACCACAACGUUUCUGUCUAAACCUCAGCUCCUCUGCUCUGAACUUCUUAAAGGAGCCAUCCGCAAGAUCGAUGCUGGGGAUUGCUACAGCUCUGCGCUCACAGCUAAUGGAGAGUUGUUUAUGUGGGGGAGAAACUGCCAUGUAAUUGAUGGAAACCAACCAGCGUCCCAUAAAUUCUGGAGCCCGCAGAAGGCUGAUGUCAGUAACCAGGCUGUGUGUGACAUCAGCUGUGGGUCGUGGCACACCGUGAUCCUCACAGGAAUUCCUAAAGGGAGGAGCCCUGGGAAUAAGGAAUCGGAUUUCAGAGAAACUGGAGCUAGCUUCAAAGACGACAGCAACUAUCCCCAACUGAUAGAACUUCUACCAAAAGAAAACAGCAGCAGAAAGCACACCGGUGAUCUCCAGGCCCCUCCGAACCAAGCAGAGGUUUUGUUGCAUUCCCAGUCUUCUCAACCUUCCAGCCAGCCUAAGAACUCUCCAUUUGAUGGCAUGGAUCAAACAGACCUUAACAGAAAGAAUCAUUCAGAUGGUACAACAGUUCAAGAUGCAAGUGCUCUGUCUGCGAAGGAAAAACAAGGAAAUAGCUGCUCAUCAAUCAAACUACAAGAGGAGAAUGUCAGAGUCCUUAUUCCAAGGGGAAAACGGUUCAGAAAUAGGCAAGCCUUCAGCUGUCUGCGCUCAGCUUUGAUUCCAGACUGCUUGUGCAGUGGAGAUGCAGAUUACCCCAACACAUUGCCUGAGAUGAGGAGAAAGCCCAAAUGCAGAUCUAGACCCCAAACUGCUGGUAGCCCGUGGACCAGCAGCAGACAGCCUGGAAAUGGGGACAGUUCCUCCAGCACAAAUUUCAGUAAAGCGAGUCACCAGAGUGGCAGAAUCCCUGGCAGGGAGCCCGGCUGUGCACUGCAUCCAAGAGUGAGACCAGAAGGGCAGGAGUCAGGGCCUCGUCACGGGAGCAGGCCCAGAACGGCUCACCCUCACCUUUCACCUUUGGCUUCUCACUCCACCGCCUCCUCCUCCCUCAUUGUAACCCUAAACCCUUCAGAGAGGCUUGCUGGCCGGCCUGUUUACCAACAAGCAAUUUACUCCUCGGGAACAGCUUGGAAGCACAUAUCCAGGUCACCUGACCCUGUGUUGUCACAGAAGCGUCCAGCUUCAGAAACCAUCCAACAGUCAAGCCAAAAAUAGUGACCUUUGACACCAGUGGAUUUAAGCAUUGUCACUCGGUAUUAAACUUGCUGUCAGGCGUAAAGCUGUUGAUGUGAAAUAAGAGAAAGGAGGAAUUUUAUUGUUGAAUUAUUUACAGCCCAGGGUUACUGAAACAUGGCUUUAUGUGUGGAAAUGUGUAAUGAACAUGGGUAGACAGAAGUAAAGGUGUGGUCCUGCUCUGGGUGUUUGGACAAACAUUGAUAAUCAAUUCAAGCAUUUAUUUGAUCUGCUUUCCGAAUUAUUACUAGCAGUGUUAGGUUGGUUGCAACAGCACCAUUUAAACAUGUUUUCAAAAUUUGCUCUCACUCAUUAAUGUGUAUCAGGAUAAAUCACAAACAACUCAUAUGACAUGAAAGUGCAUUUGUUUACAUCCAUAUACUUUGUGUUGGUCUGUUAAAUGACUAUGAAAGUAUUGCAUUUCUGUUAAUUGUGUGGUUUUAGCAGAAAUUGUCAAUUAUAUGUCAUUUUAAGAAAUAAAGGUUUUUUUGUUUAUUUUUUUAAAUAAAUGUAAUGAUUGAGUGGAACAUAGAACAAAGCCCUCAGAAUUUGUUUUCUCCAAAAUGCAUAUCUUAAUAGAUAACUUGUA